AUGACUAUCAAUUCGGGUCCUGAGACGAUCGAUUUUCCAGUCACCAGUGGGAUGACUGCUGGGAAGGAGACGAGGCAGUUGCCUGUGACACUGCUGUCGGGGUUUUUGGGGAGUGGGAAAACCACGCUGCUGGAGCAUAUUCUGCAAUCUGAUCAUGGGUUCAAGAUUGCGGUGAUUGUGAAUGAUAUGAGUAGUCUCAACAUCGAUGCCACUCUCAUCAAGAACCACCACGUUUCCCAAACAAAAGAGAACCUCAUCCAGCUGCAGAACGGAUGUAUCUGCUGCACGCUGCGUGGAGAUCUCUUGUCAGAGCUGGCGCAGCUGACGCGUCAGGACGACGUGCAGUACGUGGUGAUCGAGAGCACGGGCAUCAGCGAGCCGAUGCAAGUGGCCGAGACAUUUACGGCGGAGUUCAGUUCGGCGAUGCUGGAGGCCGACGUGGCGGAUGAAGAGGGUCGGAAGGUCUUGAAUCAAAUAGUCGAACUCGGCGGUCUGCACACGCUCGCCAAACUCGACACCACGGUGACGGUAAUCGACGCAUUUAAUCUCCUCACGAACUUCGACACGGCAGAGUUCCUCUCAGACAGAUACGGCGAAGAGAUCAUCCCGGAGGACGAGCGUACGAUCUCCGACCUGAUGGUCGACCAGAUCGAGUUCGCCGACGUGAUUAUCAUGAACAAGAUCGAGACGGUGAAUGAGAAGACGCGCGAGAGUAUCCGGUCCUUGCUGAGGGUCCUGAACCCAGCCGCGAAGGUGCUAGAGACGAACUACUCGCGUGUCGACGUUAAUGAGAUCCUGGACACGGGGCGGUUUAAUUUCCUGAAGGCAGCGUCGGGAGCGGGCUGGUUGCGCAGUCUGCAUGAGAUGACGAGGAGGGAGACGGCCAAUGGGGAGAGGAUGGCACCGGUGCCGGAGACGGUCGAGUACGGGAUCAACAAUUUCGUUUACACGGCUCGACGGCCGUUCCAUCCACGUCGGCUCUUCUCCCUUCUGCAUGACAAAUUCAUUCUCCUGCAGAGUUCUGGGGAAGAAGAGGAUGAAGAAGACGAAGAUGAAACCGAGGACGAGAAUGAAGAGGAUAGUGACGCCUCAUCAGAAGCCUCGGACGAGGAAAUGGAGGACUUCAACCAGCAAGACCCCCAACUGAUCCUCUCCAAUAAACGUGCGCACCCCGUUAUCGGGCCUAUACUACGCUCCAAAGGCUUCUACUGGCUGGCCACGCGCCCGGACCAGUUCGGCGAAUGGAGCCAAGCAGGCGGCAUGUUGACCGUAGGCUGCGGCGGGCCUUGGUUCGCCGAGGUGGCGGACGAGGCGUGGCCGGAGGACGAGGACGUGCGGAAGUCCAUCGAGGCCGACUUCCAGGGUCGAUGGGGAGACCGGCGACAGGAGAUUGUGUUCAUCGGAGAAGGGAUCGACACGGAGGCGAUCACGGAAUUGUUGAACGAUUGCUUAUUGGACGACGCAGACAUGAAGAAGUGGGAGAAGAUCAUGUCGAACAAAAAUCUGUCGCAUGGUGAGCGACAAGAGAAAAUGAUGAAGACGUGGGAGGACGGAUGGGAGGGAUGGCCCGCCUUCGAAGAGGAAGAGGAUGAGGAAGAAACGGAGGCAGGGCAAAACAAGAAGUCCGAGAAGGAAGCAGGGCAGCGAGGGAAGCAUCGCAUCAGCGAGCAUUUGGGCCAUGCACACCACGGCCAUAACCACAAUCACCACGGACCCUCGCAUCCCAAGAUGAUCAAAGCGUAG